CUUUAAUCCUUUGCUCCCCUCUACACUGAUUUGAAGCGUUCCCGCAUUUUCCUUACAUUCCUUUGUUCCCUCAUUUCUCUCGGCUAUCUCAGACUUAUCUCUUUACCCUCCAACUGUGCUGUCAGCCCCGGCCCUUGUACAGUUUAUUUCAGAUUCCCUUCACCAUGAGACUCCAACUGCAGAGUCCGACCAUUGGUCUUCUCUCUUGUUUGACCGUGGUUGCUGCUCAGACAUAUACUGAUUGUAACCCAUUAUCGAAAACUUGUCCCGCAGAUACCGCCCUUGGACGAUCAGCUUCCUACGACUUUACUCAGGGAGCAUCCUCUGAUUUUUCGGAAGUUGGAUCUCCGACUUAUGGCAGCGAUGGAGCUGCUUUCACUGUAGCGAAGCAAGGAGAUGCACCGUUAAUCCAGUCGAAAUGGUACAUUAUGUUCGGACAUGUCGAAUAUGUGAUUAAAGCUGCGCCCGGAACCGGGAUCGUCAGUAGCGCGGUUUUACAGUCGGAUGAUCUCGAUGAAAUCGAUUGGGAAUGGCUUGGAGGCAACGAUCGAUAUGUCCAAACUAAUUAUUUCGGCAAAGGAAAUACUGCGUCGUUCAACCGGGGAGCUACACACGACAAUCCAGGCAAUCAUGACAGUUUCCACACCUACUCAGUUGACUGGACGAGCGAGCAGAUUGUUUGGCAAAUCGACGGGACAACGGUUCGUGUCCUUACUCCCUCGACCGCGGAGAGCAAUCAAUAUCCCCAAACCCCAAUGAUGGUGAAGGUCGGAGUCUGGGCUGGCGGAGACCCCGACAACGCUCAAGGCACUAUUCAAUGGGCUGGUGGUGUUACGGACUAUAGCGCUGGGCCAUACACCAUGCACCUGAAGUCCCUCAAAGUGACCGACUAUUCGACAGGGAACUCCUACGAGUACAGUAACGAAAGUGGAUCAUGGGAAUCAAUCAAGUCAAAUGGAGGAGAGAUCAACGGGAAUAUCAGUGCCGAUACCAUCUCGUCGGUUGUGUCAGUGCCCACCAUAACUGCAACAGCUGAUAGUGGUCCUAUCCCAUGGAGCGGGACACACCGCGAAACAUCCAAAUCCCCUUCAACGUCUUUACCCGAUGGAUGGAAGUUUGCUGGCUCCGCCAAACCUCAGCCCCCCAGUAGGGCCUCAGUGAUAUACGGCCCUGUUUACGUCACCCUCAUUUCACUCUUCGUCGGAUUCAUUCUCCCCCUCCGGCCUUGAAACACCUUUCGGACCGAGCUCUCUGACAACUACUCGAACGCACUCGACUGGGCAUUCGACUAUGAGUAGCAAGAAAAUCGAGUCCGCGACCAGUAACCCACAGUCAGGCCCUCCGGCAGGUGCACAUAUUGC